AUGCAAAGUGGGAUAAACCGACGUACCAUUCCUGUCUCAACAUCAUCAUUAUCAUCAUCAACAGUAUCAACAGCAUCUUCAUCCUCAACGACUUUUAGCAAUGCUUUCCGAUCUCGGCCUUCAACCCUGAUCCCUCCUCCUUCAAACAAGGUUAACCUAAAGACUGGUGAUAACCUGAAAAUGGUCGGAACAGUUAAGACAUCAACCAUUCGUCGCCCAUCUUCUCGCGAAACUAUUGGUAUUUGUGUAAAUAAUAGAAUCACUAAUGGAACUUCAACAGCAGCAGCAAACAAUAAUGGUUUGAGUCGUUUCUCAACAUCUACCAAAGAAGCAAGUCGUUUGGGGAAAGUUGACUCCACUCCAGCUCCGACAAGGACCUCUAAGCCUUCAUUUCAAAUGCAUUACAUUCCACCAACAGCUAAAAGAUUGACCAGUGGUACUACCAAGGACCCUGUACCUAAAACUGAAUCAAGAUUGAAUGUUAAAAGAAAUGAAAUUAACAGUUCCACUCGUAAAUGUGUCACUCCACAUAACAAUGGUUUAUCUACUUUGAAUGGCAAAAAUUCUGUUAAUCUUAAUGCCAUUAAAAAGCCCUUUGCUGGAACGGCUUCUGCUCGUGCUGCAACUACCCUUAUUUCAUUGCAGAAAGAAUGUGACAAAUAUAAGAGACUUUCUGAAUUGUAUAAACGUCAAUUGGAAGCUUCCAAAGGUGAUAUUUCUAAAUCAGUGUUGGUUGUUGAUGGGUUAUCUGUUGUUGUUAAAUAUCUUACUGAGCAUCUAAAUUUGAAUGAUGAUUAUGGUAAACUAGAAAGCCUUUUGGACCAGUUGAGGCAAGAAAAUACAAGAAAAGAAGAUGAUCUGCGGGAUGAAAUUAUUCGCAUGAGUUUGGAAAUGGUUAAUGAAAAGAAACGUCACGACAAUGAGAAGAAUCGCCUUUUUGAUAUGUUUGAGGAUCAGAUGAAAGCACAGAAAAAGGCUUUUAAAAAGGAGAUGGAAAAAAUAGAGGAAGAUAAGAUGAACCUGGAAAAGGUUAUUGACUCAUUAAAAGAUGAAAUAAAGGAAAAACUGCUACAAAUUGAAGGUUUGACCAAUCGGGUGGGUGAAUUAGAGUCAAGUUUAUCCAUGGAGAAAGAUCGUCGUUGUCGUAUGCUUCAAGAAAAGGUUAAAUUUAUGGCUAAUGAAAUUCAAUCAUUGAAAGAUGUUCUUGAUCUCAAGGAUGGUGAGCUAAGAACAAUAAAAACUUCCAUAGCCAAUGAAGAAUUACUUCGCCAAGAUUUGGCAGCUGCUCAACAAACUAUAAACAAUCUAACGCAACGUUUAGAGCAACUGGAAAUUUCAGCAAACCAAAAGAAUGCUAUGAUUAAUAUGCUCAAAGAAGAAAAUGAAUCUUUAAGAGAGAGAUUUAACAAGGAACAAAGAGAAAGACGUCGAAUCUCAAUGAAAAAUGAAGAACUUGAAUACACAUUAUCUGAAUUUACAACGCCUGUUAAAGGUAACUCUAGUUCAAUGGAUGAAGAUGUUUUUUUAACACCAAUGCAACCUCCACCAAGAUCACGGCUUACAUUAACCAAUGGCCUGCCAUUACGUCCACAUUCAUCGGAUUCUGUCCGAAAACAGAAAACAUAG